GCUCCUUGCAAUUGCUGUGACGUUAACCAACUCAAGUGUGAUUGUGAAAAACUGUCUUGCUCAUCAGGUUGGAAGAAACGGAGGUACAUAUAUAUAUGCCCAAACGCUCAACAUGGCUGCACCAAGAAAUUCUUUCGUAACGGAGACGUAUUAUAUCAUGAGAAGGAAUGUUUUUUUGCUUUAUGCUAUUGCCCCGCCCCUAAGUGCAACUACAUGGGUGUGUACAAUGAUCUCAAAACUCACUACUACACUAAUCACAAAGACACAAUGAAUGAGUUUGUGGAUGUCAGUUCCAGUGGUGAAAGGAUUGAGAAGGUUUUAGUCAUUCAGAUGGAUAGAUCUGGUCCAUUGGUUGCUGUCCAAUUUAUCAAGGAGCAAGAGGGGUUUUAUCUCACAGUGAAAAGUAUUGCACCGUCUGCUCCAGGAGUUGAAGAGUGCUCCUAUGAUAUCUCCUACUCUUAUGGAGGAAAAACUAUGAGACAUGGAUCUUCAGAGAUGAAGAAGGUUCGGAAAUUGUGUUUCAAAAAACCAAAGAGGGACUUCAUGUUAGUUCCUAACUUCUUGAUAGGUCAACAUUGUCCAACAUCUGACAUUGAAAUUUGUAUUGGCAAGCCAAAAAAGGACGACGAAGAGGAAGAAGCUGAUGAAGAAGAUGUUAAAGUGUAAUCAUCAUAUAAUAUAUAUCCAUUGUAUGUCGUUCUUCUCAUACCCUUUACUU